GAAGUUAUAAAUACUACCGGCACUAUCUAAUCCGCCCUCUUCUCUUUUCUAACCCACUCUCUACGAUCUUCUUCCUUCUGAACCCAACCAUUAAUCUUCACUCUCUCUGAGAAAAUGUCAGUCUCUCUUCAUACAACCGCUUCUACUCCGAGUUUUCAACCCCAAGUCAGAGCCUCUCACCCUCACCUCAGUUGCACUACAAAGCUUUAUUCUGGACUAAAGCUUCAAUCUUCAAGUCCGUUUGGUAUUAAAAUACCCAACUUGACGGCUGAUUUCUAUGGCAAAGUUAAUAAGAGCUUGCAACCCAGGACUCAUAAUCAUAUAGCAGCACGAGGACGAGUUAGAAUGAUGCCUAUAGGGACACCAAGAGUGCCAUAUAGAACUCCUGGUGAGGGAACUUGGCAAUGGGUUGACCUAUGGAAUGCCCUUUAUCGAGAACGUGUUAUCUUUAUUGGACAAAAUAUAGAUGAAGAGUUCAGCAACCAAAUACUGGCAACAAUGUUGUACCUCGACAGUGUUGAUAAUUCCAAACAGCUCUAUAUGUACAUCAAUGGUCCUGGUGGAGAUCUUACUCCAAGCAUGGCUAUUUAUGACACCAUGCAGAGCUUGAACAGUCCUGUCACCACCCAUUGUGUGGGCUAUGCUUAUAAUCUAGCAGCCUUUCUUCUGGCAGCUGGAGAAAAGGGUAACCGCUUUACAAUGCCUCUUUCAAGAAUUGCACUACAAUCUCCUGCUGGAGCUGCUCGUGGUCAGGCUGAUGACAUUCAUAAUGAAGCAACUGAACUUCUCAGAAUCAGAGAUUACCUUUUUAAUGAAUUGUCUAAGAAAACUGGCCAGCCUGUUGAAAAGAUUAACAAAGACUUAAGCAGGAUGAAACGCUUUAAUGCUCAGGAGGCUCUUGAAUAUGGGCUAAUUGAUCGUAUUGUUAGGCCACCCCGUAUUAAGGCUGACGCGCCUCCCAGGGAUGCUGGAACAGGGCUUGGUUAGUAUACUUGUUUGAGCACUGAAUUUGCUGAUUGCAGUUAGGCAGAUCAGAAUUUUUCCAUAGUUUUUAUUUAUUGACAUGUAUAAUUGGCUAUCUAGUUAGAAAUGGUUUGAUAGGAAUUUUUAUCCUUGCACUGAUUUUGUGAUAAAUGGUGCCCCACGAGGGCCUUUAGAAAGCAAUAUUUUGUCUGAA